AUGGCCACUAUUGUGGAGGAGGAAAAUGAUUGGGAGCAUGCAAAUCGCACGAACUGGCGUGGCUUAGGACUCGCAGAUCCAAUCAAGAGGGUCGAGGACAAAUGGUUGUUAUUACCUGCAUUCCUCAAAAUUAAAGGUUUGGUCAAGCAGCAUAUCGACUCCUUUAAUUAUUUCGUCGAUGUGGACAUCAAAAACAUUGUAAGAGGCAACAACAAGGUCACCUCAGAUGUCGAUCCUCGCUUUUGGCUCAAGUACACGGAUAUUCAUGUCGGCUUCCCGGACCGCACAGACUUGGACGCGAUAGACAAGAGUAUCACGCCUCACGAAUGUAGGCUACGCGACAUCACUUAUAGUGCCCCGAUUCUUGUCACUAUUCAAUACACUCGAGGAAAGAACGUUGUGCGCAGACCUAACGUUAACAUUGGACGACUGCCGAUCAUGUUGAGGAGCAACAAAUGUGUGCUCACUGGCAGGAAUGAAGCGCAGCUGGCUCGAAUGACGGAGUGUCCCCUUGAUCCCGGAGGUUAUUUUGUUGUCAAAGGCACGGAGAAGGUCAUUCUUGUUCAAGAGCAGCUGAGCAAGAAUCGCAUAAUCGUCGAAACUGACAGUGUCAAGGGGAUCGUGCAAGCCACAUGUACCUCCUCAACUCAUGGUGGGCUCAAGUCCAAAACCUAUGUUGCCACGAAAAAAGGAAAAAUAUAUCUCCGACACAAUUGCAUUCACGAAGAUGUCCCGAUUGUUAUUGCUUUAAAAGCGCUCGGUAUCCAGUCCGACAAAGAGAUUCUUCUUUUAACUGCUGGAAAUACAGAGGCCUAUAAGAUUGCCUUUUCUGCCAACCUUGAGGAGUCUGCCAAGUCGGGCGUAUUCACGAGACAUCAAGCACUUGAAUGGAUAGGGUCCCGUGUAAAGGUCAACCGAAAAGUUGUUGGUCCACGAAGGCCCGCCUGGGAAGAAGCCUUGGAAGCACUUGCGACAAUUAUCCUGGCCCAUGUUCCUGUGGUAGGCUUGGACUUUCGGUCCAAGGCGAUUUUCGUGGCUACCAUGACUCGCCGGGUUUUGAUGGCGAUGGAUGAUGAAAAAAUGGUUGACGAUCGGGAUUAUGUUGGCAACAAACGAUUAGAACUUGCGGGACAGUUACUUGCCUUGCUGUUCGAAGACCUGUUCAAAACUUUCAAUUCCAAUCUCAAAUCAGCUAUCGAUAAGGUUCUCAAGAAGCCGUCAAGGACCAAUGAAUUCGAUGCUUUCAAUACGAUGCAAUUCCAGGGAGAUCACAUAACCGCCGGAUUUGUACGCGCCAUUUCCACUGGGAAUUGGUCAUUGAAGAGGUUCAAAAUGGAGCGUGCAGGAGUCACACAUGUUCUCAGCAGACUGAGUUUCAUAUCUGCCCUCGGAAUGAUGACACGCAUAUCAUCCCAAUUUGAAAAGACUAGAAAGGUCAGCGGACCUCGUGCUUUACAGCCUAGUCAGUGGGGCAUGCUAUGUCCAAGUGACACUCCGGAAGGAGAAGCCUGUGGUUUAGUCAAGAAUCUUGCCUUGAUGACGCAUAUCACCACAGAUGUAGAAGAAGGACCAAUCGUCCGUUUGGCAUUAAUGCUCGGCGUCGAAGAUAUCAGCUUAGCCACGGGCACGGAGAUAUACGGACCACAUACAUUUGUGGUCAAUGUGAAUGGCACAAUCAUUGGCCUGACUCGGUAUCCGAUGAGAUUUGUAACAAACUUCCGCAGACUGCGCAGAGCGGGCCGCUUCAGCGAGUUUGUUGGUAUUUAUGUUAAUCACCACCAUCACGCUGUUCACAUAGCAAGCGACGGUGGACGAAUUUGUCGACCAAUGAUCAUCGUGGAGAACGGCCGCCCAAGAGUCACGUCAGAACAUAUCGCGCAACUCAAGCAAGGUGCUGCCUCAUUCGAUGACUUCCUCCGAAAUGGUCUUGUGGAAUACCUCGAUGUGAAUGAAGAGAACGAUUCCUAUAUCGCACUUUAUGAGUCCGAUAUUGUCGCAAUGACUACGCAUCUGGAGAUCGAACCGUUUACCAUUUUGGGUGCUGUCGCCGGUCUCAUACCAUAUCCCCAUCACAAUCAAUCACCCCGAAACACCUAUCAAUGUGCUAUGGGUAAACAGGCGAUAGGCGCAAUCGGCUACAACCAACUGAAUAGGAUCGACACGCUUCUGUACUUAUCCGUGUAUCCGCAACAGCCGAUGGUCAAGACGAAAACCAUUGAACUUAUUGGGUACGAUCGUCUGCCAGCUGGUCAAAAUGCUACAGUUGCGGUGAUGAGUUAUUCUGGGUAUGACAUCGAAGAUGCUCUCAUUCAAAACAAAGCAAGUCUCGAUCGUGGUUAUGGAAGGUGUCAAGUUCUGCGCAAGAACGCUACCCUCAUUCGGAAAUACCCAAACGGCACCUUUGAUCGGUUGGCAGAUGCUCCCUUGGAUGAGAACGGGCAAACCCAGAAAAAAUAUGAUAUCAUUCAACUCGACGGUCUCGCUGGCGUCGGCGAGCGGGUUGAUCCGGGGGAUGUCUAUGUUAACAAGCAAAUGCCAACGAACGCCAACGAUAAUACUUUCAGCGGCCAAGCCGCCGCGGUCCCUUACAAAAACGCACCGAUGUCUUAUAAAUCCCCAGUUGCUGGUUACAUUGACAAAGUCAUGAUCAGCGACACCGAAAACGACCAAACGUUGAUCAAAGUCUUGAUCCGCCAGACGCGGAGGCCGGAACUGGGUGAUAAAUUCUCUUCUCGACACGGCCAGAAAGGUGUAUGCGGUCUGAUCGUAAACCAAGAGGACAUGCCCUUCAACGAUCAAGGAAUCAACCCCGAUACCAUCAUGAACCCACAUGGAUUCCCAUCUCGAAUGACGGUUGGUAAGAUGAUCGAGCUUUUAGCAGGGAAGGCCGGGGUCUUAAGUGGUAAACUGCAGUACGGUACAGCAUUUGGGGGCUCCAAGGUCGAAGACAUGUCCCGGAUCUUAAUUGAGCAUGGUUUUAAUUAUGCCGGAAAAGAUAUGCUCACAAGCGGUAUCACUGGUGAAGCCCUGGAAGCUUAUGUCUAUUUUGGUCCAAUAUACUAUCAAAAACUGAGUGAGAGAAAACACAUGGUAAUGGAUAAAAUGCAUGCCCGUGCUAGAGGCCCACGUGCGACUCUAACACGCCAGCCUACCGAAGGUCGGUCCCGCGAGGGUGGUCUACGGCUCGGGGAAAUGGAGCGAGACUGUCUUAUAGGUUAUGGUGCCACUCAGUUGCUGCUUGAACGCUUGAUGAUUUCUUCCGACAAAUUCGAGGUGAACGCUUGCCAGGAAUGCGGGCUGAUGGGAUACAACGGGUGGUGUACAUACUGCAAGAGUUCGAAGAAGAUGGCUAAGCUCACCAUUCCGUACGCUGCAAAAUUAUUAUUCCAGGAGCUGAUGGCAAUGAAUGUCGUUCCCCGACUGAUACUCGAUGACGCAUAA